UUCCUUUCUUGCUGAAUAUCCUGUGAAUAUUUUCAUGGAGAGCAGUUAUGAAAACCCUUUUUUUUUCCUCAGCUUUGUGUGUGAGGUCGGGAGGUUUGACUUUGUGACAUCAGGGAUUGGAAUCUGUGAAAGGUGGUUGGGAAAUCAGCAUGUUUCCAGUGAACCUGGUUAUCCCUGGCCUGAAUAUUUCAAAUAUUCAAAUAUUCAAAUGCAAGUGAAGACACGAGGAAAUAAUUUGCUGCCACGUCCAGUUUUGCUGGGUGAGAUGAGUUGUGUCCAGAGCUGAGCUGAUGAUGAGGGUGGAUCACAAGUGUGUGUGUGGUCAUUUUGCCCGACCUACUCUCCAACUUUGCAUUUACUUAUAUUUAGGUGAUUAUUUGUGGUAGAAAGUAUAAAAAAAAAAUCCAGCCAGUGCUUAUCUGGUGUUUAAAAAACACUCUGCUAGAACUGGUCAGUUUAAGCAAAACUUGCUUGUUCACAGCCAAGAUGUUUGUACUCAAACAAUUUGGUUUUUACUCAUAUUUUCCAUGGGGGUUUUUUUGGUGGACAUGGGAUAAACUGUCUCUUGUUUUCUUACCCCUCACCAGACAGGUGUUCUCUUGGUGCAAGUUGUGAGCUGUGAGGUUUGUUUGCUUUAAAAAAAUGCUGAUUUCCCAACUGCUGCCAGGUUUCCUGAGUUGUUGCCCGUAUGAAUCACCUGAAAAUUCACUGUGAGCAUUUCUGCUAAGCAAUGUCCUUCUGUUGCAAAACACUCAUGGAAAAGAGGGUGCAGAGCAGAGGCUCCCUCCUGGUCUGUGCCCCUGGGAGUUAAUGAAAUUAAUUUCUUUUAAGGUUUUUGAAAUACCCUUGUUUUUGUAAAGCCUUCCCACUUUGAAGGGGGACUGUGAUGAGUAAUUACAGUCUGAGUUAUUACUGAAUUAACUGAAUUAUUGCAGUUCUGUUGAACUAUUAACUGUUCUUUGCAGAAAAUAUUUAGUGCUGUGUAACUUUGAGCUCUUUUAUAAUAUGGAAAUGGUUUCAAAUGUGUAUUUAUACAUUCCUGUUGCGAGGGAGGCUCUUUUAACCUGGUCACCUGUACAAGUAGCUGGUGUGAUAGUGACACUGCUGGGAAGUGGUUUAAGAGGUGAUGUUCCUCACGGGGGAAUUGUCUGGGGUUGAAACUGUCCUGGUUCGUGUGUUGCUGUUUUUCCAGGAGUGAGACUUUGCAUUUUUGGGUGUGAGGGGAGAACCGUCGCUAGUUUGUUGCCAUCUGACACCGAAUCACUUGUCCAACAGGUCAAACCCCUCCGUGUGUGUAGAGUAGUUAAAGGCUAAAGCAGCUUUGUGGCGGGAGGAGGAAGAAUUUAGUGUGGAACGAGGGAUUGAAGUGGGAGUAAUGAAAUUAAGGAUAUCAGGAAAAACCUGGAUGUCCAAAUGCGUAACAGAAAGUGCACCACAGCCUGGGGAAAUGAAGGUGGCUGUAACGAAACUCAGUAAGGAGCGCAGACUAAAAGGAAACAAAGUGUCCUGUGCGUCCUCCAGCAGCGACAGCGGCAGCAGCAGCAGCAGCAGCUGCAGCAGCAGCAUCAACAGCCCCGACAGAGCGUGUGGUGCAGAGUCCAGCCUCAACCCCAGCAUUGCGGGAUCCAGCCCCGUCUCCUCCCAGCCCUUCCACGAGCAGUCUGCACUAAGCCAAGGUCCUUACUUCCACAUCAACCAGAUCCUGAAGGAAGCCCACUUCCACAGCCUACAGAGCCGGGGACGCCUCCCUACAUGAUGACCCAGCAGCUCCCUGCCUUCUGUGAAGGGACAGCACUGUGUAGAUUUGAUAUUUCAACUUCAAAGUUUGUUAACAUGGAAUUGCACAAAAUUGCCUGUUGCCUUUUCAGUCUAUAUUUGAAAUAACAGGUUAACAGGAGAUUGUUUACUUGUGGUUUGCUGCACUAUUGCAAUGCAAAAGGGGCUUUGAAGCAAUUUUUAUAGGAUUCUUUUUGGGGUGGUUCUAAAGUGCGUGGCAAGAGGAGACUGAGGAGUCCACAUGUGUGUUAUAGGAUUGCAAACUGUCCAAUUCCAAUCGACUGCCUAAUCUGUUUGUUAGCAAGUUGUUGCUUUCUGUAAAGUUCUCUUAAGCGUUCCUCUUCAGUUUUAUAAGUCUUUUUUUAAUUUCAAUAAACUAGUUAAAAAAUGAUUUGGCAACAUAAUUUUUUGAGCAUUUAGAGUUAGUAGGAGCAGUUAAGAAUAGGAGCAGUGACUGCAGGUCCUUAGGCCUGGGCAGCUGUGAGCUCCCACCCAGCUCAGUGUGAGGAGUCCUAUCUCACAUGAGCCUCACAAGAGAAUGUGAAAUUAGACCCAGGAGAGCUUGUGCAGGUCCUGCUGGGGCCACUCAGAGCAGGACAGAGGAGUCUUGCCCUGCUCCAGCACCCGUUUCUAGCUGUGAAAUGUUUUGUUUUCUGUUAGUGUGUAGGUUGUUUGGGGAUUUUUUUUUCUUUAAUUUGACUUUAAGGUUAACAAUGUAAAGAACAGGAGGUGAAAGAGCAGCUCCCCCUCUGCUCCAGCAGCCAGGGGACAAGGACAAUCCCGAGCUGAGCCCGGUUCGCGUGACACACCCUGAUCCGGCUGAGAAUGGGAAGCACUGACAAUCCUGGAGGUGUCACCGGUCCUGCCCAGGGGACAGACGGAUCUCAGAGGAGACAGACACACAGCCCAACGUUUUAUUUGCUGCUGCCUCACUUGGUCAUGCCCGAGAGCCAGCCCAGCUUGAAGAGCGAAGGCGCCGCCGUGUCCUCGUCCUCGGUGACAAGCUGCCUGAACAGGGAGCCCGGGCGGGAGGCCUCGUCUUCUCUGGGGAGCACAGGAGCUGCAACCUGGCAGGUUUUAAACACAGAAGUCACUAUAACUGUUACAGCAAACCUGUGACUUGCUCCAUACCCUCAGCCACAGGAGCUGCAAGGUGUAGCCCACAGCAAGAACAGCUCUUCCCAGGCAACCCGACCCACGACCGGUGCGGUGUUGCUGCUGGGGGUUAGUGACAGACAGACAGACACAGGGACAGCAGCACAGCAGCACCUGGCUGUUGUUAGCAGCCAAGGAACUUGGCAGAUGGCACUCAGUGCUCAACAAACCCCACAUCAACACUCUGAGCUGCAGGGAAGAGGCUGUUGCCCUCAGAGCAAAGGAUAACAGCGUGGUAGCAGCACGGCUGUUGCCCUUGCAGAGAGCUCGUCGUGGAGAACUAUGGAUUUUAACCUCUCCAGGAGUGAUUUAGCAUUGAAGAAGGAGCAGGCAGCUGUCAGGGAUUCUGGGAAGGGUGGCUGGCACAGGAUACAGGUGAAGGGAGUGACAGGAGCGAGCCACACAUCACUGCACGCUUCUAUGCUCCACUCCAGCUGAGGUACGAGAGGUAAGGAAUACCUUUAUUGGGAAGCUUUGGGCUUUUAAACAACCCUUAUGUCGUGUCUGGUCCUGAAUGGUUCUGAGUAAGGGAGAAAGGAGAGUUGCAGAGUGAAUUGGACAUCAUCUCAUGUGAUAAAACCAGACCUUUAACUCUUGUCCUGACUCUUGUCAAGGCUCACCAACUUGGCCCACUUGCCAAGACGUCACCACAGAUGGAUUACUGGGUUGGUAAUAACUUAAGGAAAUCCCUGCUUCCCACUGCAGUGAGUAUUCCUUGGCUCUCACUCAGCACACAGAGCUCCAUCUAAGCAGAUGUUUUAAACUGGGGGAAAUGUAGCAACACAAGGCUUGUCUGCUACAGCUCAGCCACAGGACAGAGCGGAGCCUCUGCGAGAGCAGCACACACUCCUCACACAGGCUGAGGUACCAGGCCAGGCUCCUCGGGGUUAGAGGGCAGCGUCCCACUGCAAAGGAGUUCAGUCAUUAGCCACUGUCCUUCAGCCUUUCUUGUAGCCCCUCCUCAAUGAACUGUCUUGGAUGCAUUGCCCUCGAGAUGCCUGGGCUGUGUAAAUCCUCACUGUGUUUCAGGGUGCUUAUUGCCUGUUUUGCCACAGAGCAGUGGCCCAAAAAUACAGGGGCAAAGGGUUUUUUUUUUUGAGGGUCGUGGGAAAAUCCAACCCAUCUCCUGCUGUGUUGCCAUAAUGACUCUCAUUUUACCGAAAAUAAAAAUCAGGUGAAAUAUUAA